ACCCGAGAGAGCCCAUCGUGUGCAGCGCGGUGGGGAGACACCGGGCUCUGGGCUAGAAAGGGUGCAGGACGCUGCAGAAGAAGGCGGCUGGGUUCUGGUCGGGGUGGAGGGAGCGAGCGCAUUUAAAGGGGCCGAGGCCCAGAAGCGAGUAGACAUUUAAAGGGACAGGUGCUUCAAAGAGAAGAGACAUUUAAAGGUGCAGGUGCCCAAGAUAGAGCAGACCCCGAGGAGCCGAGCUCGGCGGGUAGAAGACUUUUGAAGUGGUUCCCUCGACCCCGGACCCCCUCUUCCCUGGCUAUGGCCCACAGUGCCCUUUAGACCUGGCGGGACUCCCCUGCUUACGACCCCUGUUUGGGGGUCUGGGUGGCUACUGGAGGGCCUUGCAGAGGGGCAGAGAAGUCAGGACCAUGGCAUCUAGGGCCUCUGAACCUCCCCCAGGGCGCAGCGUGACAGCGGGCAUCAUCAUUGUUGGAGAUGAGAUCCUCAAGGGACACACUCAGGACACCAACACCUACUUCCUGUGCCGGACACUGCGCUCCCUGGGGGUCCAGGUGUGCCGAGUCUCUGUUGUACCCGAUGAGGUAGCCACCAUCGCGGCUGAGGUCGCCUCUUUUUCCAGCCGCUUCACCCAUGUCCUCACGGCAGGGGGCAUCGGCCCCACUCAUGACGAUGUGACCUUUGAGGCGGUAGCACAGGCGUUUGGGGAUGAGCUCAAGCCACACCCUGAGCUGGAAGCAGCCAUCCAAGCCCUAGGAAAGGACGGCUGGGAGAAGCUGUCGCGGGUGCCGUCCUCUGCCCGCCUGCACUACGGCACAGACCCUCGCACCGGCCGCCCGCUCAGCUUGCCGCUGGUCUCCGUCCGCAACGUCUACCUCUUCCCAGGCAUUCCAGAGCUGCUGCGGCCGGUGCUGGAGGGGCUGAAGGCACUGUUCCAGAACACAGCCGUCCAGUUCCACCUGCGGGAGCUGUAUGUGGAAGCCGACGAGGCCUCCAUCGCCCCCAUCCUGGCCAAGGCCCAGGCCCAUUUCGGACGCAGGCUUGGCCUGGGCUCCUACCCUGACUGGAGCAGCAACUACUAUCAGGUGAAGGUGACGCUGGACGCGGAGGAAGAGGAGCCCCUGGAGGAGUGCUUGGCCUACCUGACCGCCCGACUGCCCCAGGGAUCACUGGUCCCCUACAGACCCAACACCGUGGAGCAGGCCAGCGAGGCCGUGUACAAACUCGCGGAGUCAGGGUCCCCGCUGGGGGACAAGGUGGCGGGCGCCCUGCGCACCAUCGAGGCGGCCCUGGUGCGGUACAGCCACGCCCAGCUGUGCGUGGGCUUCAACGGGGGCAAGGACUGCACCGCGCUGCUACACCUCUUCCACGCCGCUGUGCAGAGGAAGCGCCCCGAGGCUCCAGAACGCCUCCAGAUCCUGUACAUCCGCAGCGUCUCCCCUUUCCCUGAGCUGGAGCAGUUUCUACAGGACACCAUCAAGAGGUACAAUCUGCAGGUGCUGGAGGCUCAGGGCGACAUGAAGCAGGCCCUGAGCCAGCUGCAGUCACGGCACCCCAAGCUGGAGGCCGUCCUGAUGGGCACUCGCCGCACGGACCCCUACUCCUGCAGCCUCUGCCCCUUCAGCCCCACCGACCCGGGCUGGCCCUCCUUCAUGCGUGUCAACCCACUGCUGGACUGGACCUACAGAGACAUCUGGGACUUUCUGCGUCAGCUCUUUGUCCCGUACUGCAUCCUGUAUGACCGAGGCUACACGUCCCUGGGGAGCAAGGAGAACACAGUGCGGAACCCGGCCCUGAAGUACCUGGGCCCAGGAGGACAGCUCACCUACCGGCCAGCCUACCUGCUUGAGAAUGAGGACCAAGAGCGGAACUCCCGCACGUGACCGUGACUGCCAACCGCUGCCCCUCCCGGAGGGGCGGAGGAGGCUGUCCUGGGCGGAAACUCAAUAAACUGGGCCUCGGCUGGUG